UCUCUUGACUUGGUUUAUUCAGUCGUCCCUUUAAUUUUUCCCCCGCAAUGGAAACAGCUCAUCCAGCAUCAUCAGGAGCUGCUCUUUGAUCUGGAGCUGGCGUGUGCGCAUGCGCAGCUCAUUGCCUUCGCUGCACUGGCUUCAGUAAGUUGGAUGUGCGCUGUCUUCAUCAUCACAUCCAAAAGCCCAUCAAAACUGUUGCGAUGGAGAGUAUCGGAAAAACCCCACACAUCUUCCUAUUAUGUCCGCUGAUCGUGGCCGUGGCGUGCGCGCAAAGUAUCAGAGACCCGAGCAAUAUGCCGGUGGUCAAAGACACCGUGGACAGACUCAUGAAAGGAUACGACAUUCGGCUGAGGCCAGAUUUCGGAGGCGCUCCGGUGGCGGUAGGCAUGAAUAUAGACAUAGCCAGCAUAGACAUGGUAUCCGAAGUAAACAUGGACUACACCCUGACCAUGUAUUUCCAGCAGGCUUGGCGAGACAAGCGCUUGUCGUACACAGAGAUCCCUCUGAAUCUAACCUUGGAUAACCGCGUGGCUGACCAGCUGUGGGUGCCCGACACCUACUUCCUCAACGAUAAGAAAUCCUUCGUUCACGGAGUGACAGUCAAGAACCGAAUGAUACGCCUGCAUCCCGACGGCACCGUGCUCUACGGAUUAAGGAUCACCACCACCGCGGCCUGUAUGAUGGACCUGCGGCGAUACCCGCUGGAUGAGCAGAACUGCACACUGGAGAUCGAGAGCUUUUUUGGACCAGGUUCUUAUCCUCGUCUGUCUCUGAGUUUCAAACUCAAGAGGAACAUCGGUUACUUCAUCCUGCAGACCUACAUGCCCUCAAUCCUGAUCACCAUCCUGUCCUGGGUAUCCUUCUGGAUCAACUACGAUGCUUCUGCUGCCCGCGUGGCUUUAGGUAUCACCACCGUGCUGACCAUGACCACCAUUAAUACUCACUUGCGAGAGACCCUUCCCAAGAUUCCCUAUGUGAAAGCCAUAGACAUGUACCUGAUGUGCUGCUUUGUCUUUGUGUUCCUGGCGCUGCUGGAGUACGCCUUCGUCAAUUACAUCUUCUUCGGGAGAGGCCCUCAGCGGCAGAAGAAAGCGGCGGAAAAAGCCGCCACGGCCAACAAUGAGAAACUCAGGCCUGACCCCAACAAGUGGUUGGUGGGAAGUGUAGUUCAGAGAGACGAUGCUCUCUAUGCCAGAAUGAAACAGAGGGAAAUUGACGGGUAUGACUCGAUGUGGGAUCCGAUCUUUGCGGAGGAUGCUGCAUUAGGACUAGGCGAUCAAAGACUUAAGAUGACCCCCGAUGAUAUCCGGCUGACCACGGUUGAGAUGAAGAACGAAAUGGGUCCGUCUGAUCUUUCCCGGAGUCUGGGUGACCCGCGUAGCACCAUGCUUGCCUACGACAGCUCCACCCUUCAGUACCGUCGAGCGGCCAUGGCUCGGCAAAACUACGGCCACAGCGCGCUGGAGCGCCACGCCACCCAGAAGAAAAGCCGGCUCAGGAGACGGGCUUCCCAGCUCAAGGUCAACAUCCCGGACCUGUCCGACGUCAACUCCAUCGACAAGUGGUCGAGGAUGAUCUUCCCCACCGUGUUUUCCUUCUUCAACAUAGUUUACUGGCUUUACUACGUGCAUUAAAAGCAUCCGCAGAGCAGAACGGACCAAAAGAGAAAACAAAGAAGAGUAAAAAAAGAGAAUAAAACAAUACACCUUUUGCUGAUUUAUUUCAAAUAUAUAGCGGAAAGAUGGUCAAAGUAAAAAAAAAAAAAUCAGGAUUUAGUUUUUUCGUUCUAAAGACACAACCGGAGGAAAAAACACGCAGUACAGGGCUUGUUCCAGAGUUUCAAUAUACCACUUAUAUUUGUCAUAUGUAGAUUACUCUGUGCAUCAAAUAUUUAUGCUUGUCUUUGCAUAUAUUUUAAAGGAUUUGUUUUUUGGGUUAGUAUAUGUUUACUUCGUAGCCAACUGCAUCCGAGAAAGCUUUACAAAAGGAGUCGGUCGUGAAAGUCUAUUUUCCUAUAGUUAAGCUGUGUAUCAGAUAUCUUUUAAAAGCAUGCUUUGGUUUGUUUUCUUUAUCUCUUGCAGAGAGCUGGAGCACAAUGCAUUUUCAGUUGACACUUUAAAGGUUCUUCUGUUCUUUCAAAUGAGUUUGCAGGAUGCAAAGACUCUGUCAGGAAGCCAUACAGGGUAUUUUCACAACAGGUCCUUUUACUAUUGCUUUUUUUUUUUUUGAUGUUGGGCCAACAAGGAAACUCAGCCCUAUUAAAACAAAGGUUUUAUCUGAUGCAGGGUAUAUAUGAACAUGCUGGGCCACGACGAAGGACGUAUAUGUGAUCCCAUGGACAAGGACGGACUGACAUGGACCAUUACCCUGGUGGUUGGACUGUGUCAACAGUACCUAGGCCGUGUAAAUGCUAGACAGUCCUCAUCUCUACACUGUAUAAACUUUGUGUGGUGAGCCGCUGGCUGUUUAACAUCUCUCGAGUGUUUCGAGAUUGGAUGAGGCGAGUGAACCUCAACGAAGAAAGACGCAAUAUAUUUGUAAACCAUUAACACUAUCGAUAGAUAUAAGUUGAAAACUAGUAGCUGAUAUUACAUCAUGGUAAAAAAAAAAAAAAUUCUGAUUCAAUAUUUAUCAGAUGUUAAUGUUAU